AUGAGUGACGAGUGCGCGAAUCCUCUCCUUCUAGGGUGGAUCAAAGAAUGGCUAGACCAAGCCAGAGAACGGAACAGCAAGGGCGUGACGGUCUAUAAGAAGGCUUACGAGUCGAUGAAAGCAUGUCCAUUGAACUUUCAACACCCAUCCCAGGCGCAGCAGUUGAACGGACUGGGACCCAAACUAUGUGACCGUUUAACAGAUAAACUCAAAGGAUAUUGUGAAGAAAAUGGACUUCCUAUGCCAGAACCACCUGAUAAGGGUGGAAAAAGAACGUCUGAUGGUGCGACUUCCGAUCAACCCGCAAAGAAACCCAGAAAAGUCAAGCCAUAUGUGCCAGCACUACGGUCUGGCCCAUAUGCAAUCAUUCUAGGGCUCGGAACUCAAGACGAUAAUGCAUCACAGGGAAUGACCAAGGCCCAGUUGAUUGAGGUGGCUCAGCCAUUUUGCGACAGUUCGUUUACAGCACCUCCCGAUCCCACGAAGUUCUACACUGCCUGGAACUCAAUGAAAACACUCAUUCAAAAAGAUCUCGUAUAUGAGCAUGGUCGUCCAUUGCGGAAAUAUUUGCUCUCUGAAGAAGGCUGGGAGGUUGCCAGACGUCUCCAAAGGACAUUGCCCGGGGCUCAAAACAUGGCAUCUCUCGCUGGUGACUCCCAGUCUGCAACGUCCCAGUCACAAGUUGGCGCUACAACAAGUGGUACUGGAUUGCCUGACGACGAAGAUGAUGGGGCAAUAGAUGCCCUAGAAAAUCUAACUGAGCAAGACAUAGCCAACAUCGAGCCUGUCUUCCUCCCGCCCAAAAGCUUCACAAUUGAGCUGGUGCUAGAUACACGAGAAGUUCGCACCCCGGCUGAUCGUGACUAUAUUUCAGGGGAACUUCAGAAGCAAGGAAUUACACCGCAAGUGCGUGCCCUGGAAGUGGGCGAUGCAAUGUGGGUGGCUAAAUGCAAUGACCCCAACGAACUCACCCGCCACGGCGAAGAAGGGGAUGAGGUAAUGCUUGACUGGAUCAUUGAGAGAAAACGUCUCGACGAUCUGAUUGGCUCUAUCAAAGACGGACGGUUUCACGAACAAAAGUUCCGUCUCCGUCGCUCAGGCAUCAAAAACGUCAUCUACCUCAUCGAGGAGUUCGCAGUCACGCAUCACGACUCAACAAGCGGAAGUGGAGCACAAUACCAGGAAAUGGUAGCCUCAGCCAUUGCAUCCACACAAGUCCUAAACGAAUACUUUAUCAAAAAGACCAAACAUCUCGACGAAUCAAUCCGCUAUCUAGCGCGCAUGACACUACUCUUACGAAAGAUGUACGGAGUCGAAGAUCCCUGCUCAACCCCAGCUAGACAGGUAGAAUCAGACGCCGCCAACACAACCCCGAAUACAAGCCCUCCAACUUCCAUUUCUAAAAUUGCCCUCAUCCCCGGCCGCCGUCUUGCCACGGACUCGUACCUUACCAUCCUCGAUAAUCUCCGCUCUCAAGAUUCCUCUGUUACAUACGGCGUUUCUUUCUCGACUUUUGGAGCACUGACUUCGAAGUCCGAUAUCCUUACGCUGAGGGAUGUUUUCCUGAAGAUGCUGAUGUGUACCCGUGGUGUGACGGGAGAGAAGGCUCUUGAGAUUCAACAAAUUUGGCCUACACCGCGGCAUUUGAUCGAAGCAUAUAUGGCCCUUGAGCCCAGUGCGCGGGAGACGAUGAUAUCGAAUCGAAUGCAAGAAGUUGUUGGACGCAAGAAGGUUGCUAAGGAGCUAAGCAAGCGGAUUGCCGAGAUCUGGGGACAAGCUAGUUGA